GACCUCUUAAUUUUAUCUCGAUGUAUAGAAUUAAAGACUGGUCUUAGUGUAUUUUCAAAAAUAAUUUAAUACAUGUUCGAUAUUACUUAAAAUGCGAAUAACUUCACGUGUUCUGUCGUCGGCCGCCGCGAUAGCAAUAACAUGUGUUGUAUCAGCUGCUGCAUAUUUUUACAAAAACCGUAAAUCAGAGGUUAAUGAAGUUAUGGUAUUUUGUAAACUACAGUUUAAUGCAUACAAUUACUUUGAUAAACUGAUAAGCUUCAUUGAAUCUGCUAAGAAAAGUGUAAACGUCUGCAUGCCCGGUAUCCACAACCCAGUCAUUCAGGGGCGCCUGGUUACACUGCUAAAGGAGAAAAAUAUCAAAGUUCGAAUGAUAAUUGACCGCACAGGAUAUAACGAGUCUACAGAUUUUUUUAUCCGAGAGCUUAUCGAAUGUGGUGCUGAAGUAAGAUGUAAUGCUACUGACCCAGCAUACACAAUGCAACACAAAUUUUGCUUAGUUGAUGAUAGAAUUCUUAUGACAGGAACUCUGAAUUGGGGUAACGACCGUUCCUUUGACAAUUGGAACUAUGUGUACAUAACAACUAAAUCACAACUUGUAGUACCAGUCAAAAAAGAAUUUUAUCAAAUGUGGCAAAAAACUAGUGAUAUUGAAAAUCUUUACGAAACAGAAUUGGGUGAUAAUGAAAUUGCAACACCAGCAUCUGGCGAUUCUGAUGUUGUACUACCAGAAUCUGGAAAUAUUGAAAUGCCAGCUUAUACCCAAGCUGAUAAUACCAUAGAUAGCCAAAGUAUACCCCAGAUUGUUCUGGAUACAGAGGCAUUAGAACAGACAUCACCACAAGAAUUAGCAUUUGAGAAAAUGGUACAUUAAUGUUUAGUUGUUAGUGGCAAAUUUAAACAUAAUUUUGUAAAGGUUAGGAUAUUGUACAGUAUUAAAACAUUUUUCUAUUAUUUAUGAAAUGAAGACCACAUUCAAUAUAUACAGAAUAUUUUUUUAUAAUAAACAUGCCCUGAGU